CUAUAUAGCGGGUGAUGUCUCCACUUCUGUCAGGAAUUGGCCAUAGCCAGCCUUAUGUGAUGACACUGAAGGACAUUAGAGCAUUUUAAAAUUCUAUCUAUGAAAUUGGCCUUCCCACCUUGUGUGUACGGGUGUGGGUGUGUGUGUGUGUGUGUGUGGACCAGGUUUUUGCCACAUUGUGGGCACCAAAACAUGUUCAUGCACUUACAUUGUGGGGACCUUUCAAACUGGUCCCCACUAUGUAAAUCAUAAAAUUUUAAGGCUGGAGUAAGGUUAAGCUUAGUAUUAAGAUUAGGCUAGUCUUAGUUCUGGUUAAGUCUCCAGGAAAUGAAUGGAAGUCCAUGUAAUGGCCCCACAAUUCACAGAAAGAAGACUGUGUGUGUAUGUGCUGAUCCCACUCCUGCCCUGGCCACAGUUAUAAUCUUUCAGUUCACUCACGUUCGCCAGUCAUUGCGUUGAUAUACAUUUUAUUCGUGGAACGGAACUGAAUCAAAUAAGUACAGACCACUAUUUCUCCAGUGACGAGUAAACUGAAACCUGAAAUCUAAACUUGAUUGUAAACUUAUGCACUGACCCACCCUGCUGGGUCUAAAGGCGGGUGCGGACACUCCCCCGUCCCCUGUGCUGGGUGCAGUUUCGCCCCUGCGCUCUGACUGGCUGCCCGCUGGUGGGUAGGAGCUCCGCUGCUCCAGCGCGUUUAUAGCACUCAGGAGCGCGCGCCACAGAGAAGGAGAGGAGCGCGCGCAAAACAUCUGGAAGCAAAGAGCGCGCAGCAGCAGCAGCAGCCCGAGAAUGCCCUGAAGGUCCACGCCAGGAAUGAGCUCAUACUCACUAACCCAUCACCGCGUUCACCUCGGAGCCCCGCUUUCUUCUCCUCCAUGAUCCACUCCUCGAACUCCACGAUGGGGCGCGCGGACAACGCCUCCGCGCCCACCAACGCGAGCGACCCGUUCGGCCGUAACGAGGAGGUGGCCAAGCUGGAGAUCACCGUGCUGAGCUUGACGUUCGUGGUGGCCGUGAUCGGCAACGUGAGCGUGCUGGCCGCCGUGUACAACACGAAGAAGAAGACGUCGCGCAUGCACCUGUUCAUCAAGCACCUGAGCCUGGCCGACCUGGUGGUCGCCUUCUUCCAGGUGCUGCCGCAGCUCUGCUGGGAGGUCACGUUCCGCUUCACCGGACCCGACCUGCUGUGCCGGCUCGUCAAGCACCUGCAGGUGCUCGGCAUGUUCGCCUCCACCUACAUGAUGGUCAUGAUGACGGUGGACCGCUACAUCGCCAUCUGCCACCCGCUGAAGACCCUGCAGCAGCCCACGCGGCGCGCCUACGCCAUGAUCGGCGCCACGUGGGCCAGCAGCCUGGUGCUGAGCGCGCCGCAGGCCUUCAUCUUCUCCCUGAGCGAGAUCCACAACGGCUCGGGCGUCUACGACUGCUGGGGCCACUUCAUCGAGCCGUGGGGCAUCCGCGCAUACGUCACCUGGAUCACCGUGGGCAUCUUCCUCGUGCCCGUGCUCGUGCUCAUGCUCUGCUACGGCUUCAUCUGCCACAGCAUCUGGAGGAACAUCAAGUGCAAGACCAGGAGGAACGGGCUGGUGGGCAAGAGCUCGGUGAGCGGCGUCAGCACCAUCAGCAGAGCUAAGCUGAGGACCGUGAAGAUGACGCUGGUGAUCGUGCUGGCGUACAUCGUGUGCUGGGCGCCUUUCUUCAUCGUGCAGAUGUGGUCGGUGUGGGACGUGAACUUUAGCUGGCAUGAUUCAGAGAACACCGCAGUGACUCUGUCGGCGCUGCUUGCGAGUCUGAACAGCUGUUGUAACCCCUGGAUCUACAUGAUAUUCAGCGGGCACCUCCUCCACGACUUCGCACACUGCUUUCCCUGCUACCCCAAAAUACAGCACAAGUUCAAGAAAGAAGACUCAGACAGCAGCUUACGCAGAACCACAAUACUGACUAAACUCCCUAACCGGAGCCCCACCUGUAGUCUGGGCAACUGGAGAGACCUUGAUCAAGCCCCUAAAGCUGACCAGUCCACUCCGCUGGAAACAUGACAUUGUUCGUUGCCUCUGGGACUGAGAAUAUUGUCGUGUUGUCACAGCAGGGGCACAUUUAAGGUGGUGUUGUUUUUUAAAGUCUAGUGGAGACUAAACUGAGAAGGCUGUGCAGUAAAUCUCGAGUGUGGCAAAAAGCACAAUAGUCAUGAUCACCAAACACAAGGUUUUUCCGCUGAUAAGUGCCCAUUUAUGGGCAGGCAUGGGAUUUAUCUGGGCUCCAGUAAGCCUGCAGGACCCUUUCAAUGCCAGUAAAAAUCCUGGAGCCAAGGACCAAGUCAGCUCUGCUAUUCUGAGAAUGGGAGUGAGUCUAAGUCAAUAGAUGACACUUUAGAAAAAUUUGAAUUCAUGUUGCACAAAACUGAAAAAGUAAAAGAAUGUAUAGCAGGACAGAUGAUCAAAUAUGCAUUGUCUUGUUUUUAAAUCACUGCAGAGGGGAUAAGAAGAUGAAAGGAUGAGCCCAUGAGAAAACUGUCAGCUGUGAGCUGGAACUCAAUGUUCAUGUUGCUCUGAGAAUUGCUGGUUGUUUACAAGGUUAGACGUGGUCACCUGGGUCAAUAACCAAGUUUGAGGUGUUAGCAGAUCUCUCUCUCUCUCCCUCUCUCUCUCUCUGCCCCUCUCUGUCUUUCUCUCCCCCUCUUUCUCUCUCUCUCACAGAACUUCUAUACAAAUUAAAGGAAACUUUUCCUUUUCCACCACAUCUGUCUCUGCCCUGGCUAAGUUGACUCAGGCCUUUAUUGGUUUUUAAAUCAUUCGUUUUUUACUAUCUCCCAUUCCAGCAUCAUCUAUGCAUUACUUCUGGUUACAAAACUAACUGACGUAAUGUGAACACAGAUGAGUCAAGGCAUCUUUAUUUGAGUAAACUCAAAUAAAAUGAUUAUCUUACUUUAAGACACUGUUUACAGUUAAGCUGAUGUUUUCACUAUGUUUUCCAGGGAGAAUGUCCUGGGGAUUAUGAUUGUAAAAUCAUCAAAUAUACAUUAGCCCUGGAUAUGGACUUUUAUUAGGAGAUUUGACAGUUGUAUCAGUUAUAACACGAUUUAAAAGCUGUUGUUGAUGUACAUAUUGGAUCUGUAAAUAAAUAGCCUACACAAUUGCGACAAAUGGAAUGUUGUUUUUCUGUAUAUCAGAUGUUGUGUUUGUAUGAAAUUAUGUUGUCAGAAGUGUCCCAUUUUUCGAUGUUAUCUGGAUGAUAUAGUACAGCUCAAAGUGUUAUUGAUGCAGUGUCUGUUGCCUGUAAUCGAUUAUUGCACCACUUCCCAUGCAUAUUGAUGUAUCCAUGUGCAAAAAUCCAAUAAACCACUCCGUG